UUGGACAGUUUUCCUUUCUUCGAGAAAAAGUCAAUUUAUCGAGGAAAAUAACGGUGACAGAUCCAAGCAUUUGCAGCGCAGUUACGGCCUCGCAGCUUCCUAUUGCCGCACCGUUCAACUUAAAGCGAGCUGGAGCUCUUAAAUUAAGCACAGGGACACUGGCCUUGGCCAAUCAGCACCCAGGAAGCGUGCGCGACUUCCAAGACACGGGUAAAAGAGGAUUCUUCGGGGCUGACAAGCAACCGGUCCAAUCAACUUAGAGUAACGGCGUUGCAAAACCCGCCCAAAGGCAAUUAAGGGCGGGAUGGGGGCCGCGCCGGGUUGGGAAGACGGUGAACUGGAGUUUAAAUUAGUGUUCGAGGAGGACCCGUCGCCUCCACCGAGAGGCCCAUCGCCGUGCUGCUCCGGAGAAAGGCCGGACAACAGUACCGAUGGCUUUCAGAGUGCCACUCACACCGGCCAGCCAAUCGGCAUCCCCGCCGGUCCGCCGUCAGCCAAUCUCAGGGCGGGGAUGCACUCUCCGCCCCCCAGGCGGGCACUGGUGAGGGAGUACAGUGGGACCUAUGAGAGCUUGCCGGCGCGGUCCAUACAGGUGUCGGAGUCCAGAAUCCUGGAAUGCCCCAGUAUCCAGAUCACCACCAUCUCCCCAGAGGAGGAAUUUGCCCCAGCCGGGGGCAACUGUUGGGAUGGCGGGGGUGGGUGGGACAGGGAACGGCUGUACCUGCCCCUGCAGGAUCCCUUCUGCUACCGGGAGGGCAUGACAGGGGGCGGCUCCCUGAGCCCCAGCCCCGCCUCUAGCCCCUCCUCCCGGGGGUGGCUAAGCCCCGCCUCCAGCUGUGAUUCGCUGCUGGUCGAGGAGGAGGAGCUGAACGAGGCCACCGCCCAGUUUUGCCUCUCUCCGUCCUCCCGACCCACUUCCCCUGGGGGCAAGAAGCGCAGGAACUCACCCCUGCCCUCCCCCUGCACCUCCCGCAGGGGCAGUUACUCUGAGGAAUACCCCUGCCCCCCGCAGAGCGCUGAUUUGGCCUGCCAGAGCCAGGCUUCUCCCGGCAGCCUGGAACUAAACAUUCCUCAGAAGACCAGGAAGACGUCCCUGGGACAGGUCUCGCCCAGGGAGGUGGAGUCAGACCAGGCCCCGCCCCCCGGGCCUCCCUGCCCUCUACUCGACCCCCUGCAGGUCAGGAGAGACCCCUCCUCCCUGGGCAUGGACUACCUGUGUGUGCCCCCUGCUCUGGGCUGGGGCCGAGCCAGAGCCAGUGCCCACAGCCCCAUCUUCAGGUCCACUGCCCUGCCGCCUCUCGAUUGGCCACUGCCGUCCCAGUUUGACCAAUACGAGCUGCGCAUCGAGGUGCAGCCCCGCCCGCACCACCGCGCCCACUACGAAACCGAAGGAAGCCGCGGCGCGGUCAAGGCCACGCCGACCGGUCACCCGGUUGUCAAGCUCUUGGGGUACACAGAAAGACAGCCCCUCUCCCUGCAGGUGUUCGUUGGGACAGCUGAUGAUCGUUCAAUUCGCCCACACCCUUUCUACCAGAUACACAGGGUCACAGGUAAAAUGGUGGGCACUGCCAGUCAGGAGAGCCUCCAGGCCGGGACCAAACUGCUGGACAUUCCCCUCAACCCUGAGACCAACAUGACUGCUCUUAUCGACUGCGCAGGCAUACUGAAGCUGCGGAACUCGGACAUCGAGCUGCGGAAGGGAGAGACGGACGUGGGGAGGAAGAACACGCGUGUGCGCCUGGUGUUCCGCACGCACCUGCCCCUGGCCCCGCCCACUGCCACGCCCGCAGCCAUGCCUGGCCGAGUGCUCGCCCUGCAGGCCGCCUCCCUGCCCAUCGAGUGCUCUCAGCGCUCAGCUCAGGAGCUGCCAGUGGUGGAGUCCAUCAGCCUAUCAUCGUGCUCCGUGGAAGGGGGGGAGGAGCUUCUUCUGAGUGGAGCAAACUACCUGCCCACCUCUCGAGUCAUAUUCAUGGAGAGAGGAACUGAUGGCAAGCUCCAAUGGGAAGAGGAAGCUUGUGUGGACCGGGAGAAAAGUGGUGAGUGCUUGCUGUCUGUGCGAGUCCCGGCCUACAGUGACCUGUCCGUGAUCCGCCCUCUGUCCGUCAGUCUGUACGUGUCCAACGGGAAGAGGAGAAGGAGCAGCACACACUGUUUCAAGUACCUGCCAGUCAUGUUUAAACAGGAGGACCCCCUCUCCCUGUCCCAGCGCAGCGUCUUGCCUCUGGAGGGCGUGACCCUGUGUCCUGUAGGGGGUCUGAGAGAAGAGGAGGUCGAUGGGAUGCAGGUGGGGUCAGGGGACCAGACGUACCCAUCCCAAUCCCUGCAGGGCUACUGUGAGGGAGAGGGUGUGGAGGACGAGCCCCCCCUGUCUGAGAGGCACCCCAGCCUGGAGACCCUGGAGCUGGGCUUCACCGAGCUGCUGCCUCCCCUGUACCCCAGGAACCACCAGACCCCCUCUCCCUGCCCCUGGCUCGACUCUCCGUACCUCUCCUCCUCCCCCUCUCCCUCCUGCUCCUCCUCCCUCUCUCCAUUCCCUGCCAGCAGCCCCCACACCUCCACACACUCCCUGUACUCCAGCUGCCCCUACCCCCCCGAAAUCUGCCCCUCCCCGCCCCGCCACCCCGCCCACUACCAGGACUUUUACACCCAGCCGUGCGCUCAGUUUGAAGGUUGGGAGCCCCAGGGUGGGGGCCCUGUUGGGAGGACUAACCCAGGAUCGGGAGCUCAAACUGGGGUGAAGAUGCAGGAAAGUGCCCUGGAUUAUGCAGGCCCGGCGGCCAUUCAGCAGAUCACUCUAGAGGAAGUGAGUGAGUUCAUCGGGGAGGAUCUCAGCUCGUUCCCACAGACCCUCAGCAGACCGUGACGAACACAAAUGCUGUGUCCUGUCCUGCCAUUUUCAGUACUUCCACAUCAGCUUCCCAUAGCUCGUGUUUUAUCCUAUAUUGCACAGUAUUCGAUAUUGGGAGACUACAGUGGGCUGAAUUACAUUCUCCAGUGGACCUCCUUUAUCAGUGUAUGUAUAGAUAUCCAGUCCUAUAUAUUUUACUAAACAACGUUUUUCAUCUGUUUUCCAAAUAAACUAUACAAGUAAAGUG